CUCUUACCCGCUCCUUGACAACCCUGGCGGGGGUGCGCUGGCAGCGGCCUCGGCUCCGGCCCCCGCGGGAGCAGCACCCCUUGGGGAAAGACAUUUUCUGCUCCCGCCAAGUUGGCAAGGCCUGCUUGCCGAGCCCGGCGGGCGCUGUGACUGCUGGGCCCGGUGCCUCCUGAAAGCCCCACUCUCCUGAGGGCACACUGGGAAGAUCAUGGGAGAGGCAGAAGGCAAGAAAGAGGAUGCUGACUAUAAGCGGCUGCAGACCUUCCCCCUGGUCAGGCACUCGGACAUGCCAGAGGAGAUGCGAGUGGAGACCAUGGAGCUUUGUGUCACAGCCUGUGAGAAAUUCUCCAACAACAACGAGAGUGCUGCAAAGAUGAUCAAAGAGACAAUGGACAAGAAGUUCGGCUCCUCCUGGCAUGUGGUGAUCGGCGAGGGCUUUGGGUUCGAGAUCACCCAUGAGGUGAAGAAUCUGCUCUACCUGUACUUCGGGGGGACCCUGGCCGUGUGUGUGUGGAAGUGCUCCUGACAUCAUCCCUGCAGCAAUCCUGCCUCGCUGGGCUGGGGAGCCGCCUAGGCUCUUGCAAGGAGAGUUGACAGUCUUUUUCUUUUGUCUUUGUGCCCGGUUUCCUGAGCCACACCUAGAGUGACAUCUCCACUCCCAGGUUCUCCGUUGUCUUCCCCUGAGUCCUGAGCUGUGGACAGACAUCUCUGUGUGUAUGAGGGGUGGGAUUAUAUGACAGGUGAAGGGGUGAGGUCAUGGGAUUUCCUCCUUAGAAUGGACUGGUCCCACUUUUUCAUCCUAGGAGCCCCAAAACCCUUCUGCCCCCAGGGACUGUUGGGAAGUAUCUCCCUCCCUUGUCAUUAGUGGCUAUGUGGAAGCAGCCUAAGAAGAGACUCCUCUCCUGUCUCCUCUGAGGAGACACAGGGCCCUUCUGUCCUUGUCAUUGGGGAAGGGGCUCCCUCUCCCCUCCCCCAGCCUGACCCAGGGCCGACCAGACCACCGCAUCCUACCGGACCAGCAGCAGUUCACAGUCCUGGCUUUGGCAUCACAGUCUUCCUGUCCCCUUCUCCCAGCCCAGGCCACAGGAACCUUUCACAGCACCUCCACCAGACCGGCGGCAUGGCUGAGAGCCAGGGCCUGGUGCAGAAUGAGUUCUCCAGGGGUUGCUGAGCUCCGGUGAGAUGCCUGGGCCAGGAGUGCUCUCACCGUGAGGCCCCGUUAGCAGGGAAACCUGGCCUGCCAGGGACUUCAUCAGGGACCGCAUGCUAUUUGUACUUCUUACCUUGCUGGCUUUUCUAGAUUCUUUUUGAGUGUGGGAAGAAGGGUUUUAGUAGAAGGGUGAAUCAUAUUUUACACAGUGGUCUUAUUUAUAUAAAUGUCUUGGUUUUUACAAUUAAAUGACCA